UCUACAACUUGGAUUGAUAAGAUUCGUUUUAUUGAAUAUGGUAGAUAGAUAUCCUCUUAUUAUUAAAAGAGAAGUACAAAUUGAAUUUUUGUCUAAUUUAGCCUCAAUUUUGAUUUCAAUUUUGAAUUUUGUUCUUCCUUAUCAAGGGUAAAAUCGUCCAAACCAAAUAAUUAAAUUAAACAGGAUCCGCGUUUUACAUAGACGGGUGAGUUAUGUUUAAUGGGCUUUUGAUCACAUGUAAAACUACAUAAUGGGUUACCAUCAAGUAAUGCAAUCUUAGCCAUAACACGAUUAGUUGUAUAUCUCAACAAUUUUUAGUAUCUAAUACACGCAUAUUCCAUCAAAAUAGUCUGCAUAUUUAAUUACGAUUUUAAGAAUCUUCAAUCAUAUAUUCACCCUCCUCACUAAUCACUAUAAAAUCGGCAUAGACGAGUUUAUUCGAUUCUUCUAACUACCAUAACACGAUAAUACAUUCCAUAAAUUAGAAAAAAAUCUUAUAAAUUUAUUCUCUUAAAUUUAAAACUAACCAUAAUCAACUAAACAAUAUUUACCACUUAUCUAAAUAUAGCCAAUCAUUAUGAACUAAACCAAAUUCGAAUCAUUAGUGAGGAUCCAAUCUUUGAUUUGCAACUUAUCCUGCAAGAUAUUUUCGAAUAUUUUUGAAAAUAUUAGAUCCAACAACCCUAGCCUCCUUCAUCACUAUAAAUAUCAAAGUCAUUCUCAUCACAAACCAAAUUGAGAUCAAGAACGAUUCGAUGGUUAUUAUCAUAAUCAAUUCAUGAUAGUGAAUGAUUGUUUGCAUAAGUAUUCAUGACGAAGUGGAUGUUCUUCGUUGAUGUUGAUGAGUUUUUACAUGUUCCGGUGAAAGAGACGAUUUCGUCUGUGAUGGAAUCUUUGGAGGAAUAUUUUCAGUUUACUAUUGAACUGAUGCCUAUGAGUAGUCAGGUUUGUUAUUCCGGUGAUGGCCCGGCCAGAACUUACAGAAAAUGGGGAAUUGAGAAACUGGCAUAUAGAGACGUCAAGAAGGUUCCAAGACGGGAUCGGAAAUACGCGGUCCAGCCGGAGAAUGUAUUCGCGAUAGGCGUACACAUGUCUCAGAAUCUACAAGGGAAGACAUAGCACAAGGCUGAGAGCAAAAUCCGUUACUUCCAUUACCAUGGUUCGAUCUCUCAGCGCCGCGAGCACGCACUCCUUAUGUGCUAGACACUACAAUCCGUGAUGUUGGCCUUGCUGUGAGAACGUUCGAGUUGAGAACGAUUGGUGAUCGGCUGCUACGGACAAGACAAUGAAGAGAUGAAAAACAUGAAUAGUGAAUCUAAUCAAUCUUUAGAAAGAAGAAUUAGGUGUUAAGAUGAUUUACUUUGCAUUGUUUUCUUUUGGGGGUAUAUUCUUUUAUUGUAUCAUAUAAUUUGGGUAAUGGGAUCAUUAAUACAGCUUCAAAAUACUCUUUAGUAU